UAUAUCAAUGUGAAAAAUUUCUGGUAAGCGCCAAAAGUACACGUCGAGCUCCCGUUCCUCUCAUUCCUGGUCAGUCGCCUGUUCAGUCGUUUUUCUGUCUGUCUGUCAUAUCGAAUCACAUAUCAAAAUUCGAGCGCUAUGGAGUACAUCGAUGAAAUGCGACGAUUGAACAAAAGACAACUGUAUUUUCAAGUUUUGAAUUUUGGAAUGAUUGUGUCUUCAGCGCUGAUGAUAUGGAAGGGAAUGAUGGUUGUGACUGGCAGCGAAAGUCCAAUUGUUGUUGUUUUGAGUGGCAGUAUGGAACCAGCGUUUUACAGAGGAGAUCUACUAUUUCUCACUAAUUACCAACAAGACCCAAUUCGCGCAGGCGAAAUUGUUGUUUUUAAAAUUGAAGGACGUGACAUCCCAAUCGUUCAUAGGACCAUAAAGGUGCAUGAGCGAGAGGAUGGCAAAGUAAAAUUUCUGACCAAAGGUGACAACAAUUCAGUCGAUGAUAGAGGACUAUAUAAGCCCGGCCAACUGUGGGUUGAACGGAAAGAUGUCGUGGGGAGGGCACGAGGUUUUGUUCCAUAUGUCGGGAUAGUGACUAUAUUGAUGAAUGAUUACCCUAAACUAAAAUAUGCAGUGUUAGCAUUACUAGGAAUGUUUGUUCUUGUUCAUAGGGAAUGAAAUGUUGCAGUAUUAAUAUUAUUUCCUAUAUCAGUAUAUGUUCCACUGGUUGACUGACUUGUUCAUGUUGCAUUUCCAACUCAAACUAAAUUUCAUGUUUUGCUAAUCUUGCUUACGAUGAUGCUAGAUAAUACCGAUUUUUUCAGUGUCUGACUUUUGCUUUUUAUUCUGAAAAUCAAUGUCAUUCGUCUUUGCUGUUUUUUUCACAUUGUCGUAAUAUAGUAUAGCUGUCUUCAUGCUCUCUAAUUGCAGAGUAUUUGUUGUGUAGUGCGUUAUGUGAUUAUGCACUGAUACUCAUUGAAUUAUUAUGGCAUUUCUUUCUUUCAUGGUCUAUUCCUACUUCCCUGCCCAGUUAUUGAAAUUGGGAUGGUGUGGCAGUUGGUAUCACAAGGACCUAGUUUCAGCAAUGGUAUUGAUAUGUGUUGGGUGAACGAGUUGUUUGUAUUUGUUUUGACAAGUAACCAGACAAAUUUUCCAAAAUAAUUAUGUGUAGUAUUUGAAAUGGCAAAUUUUUUUUCUAAUUAUGUACUAUUUGACACUUAGGUCAAUGAAAAGAUUUUGCUAGCUUGUAAUAAUACCUCAAAAUCCUUGUGUAUCCACCACUGACCUGCCAUAUCUGUUGCUUGCAAUUUUAUCAAAAGCACUGUAUUGUCAGUUUAUAAAAUUUAUCUGAGUGGCAUACUUGAAAAACAUGAAUUGCAAAUGAUAUAUAAGUUACAGUAGUUCAUGCUCCAUGAAACUUUCAAGAAAUGAGUAUUUGCAGAAAUUGUUAAUGUUUAAUAGACAAAGUAUCUGGUAUCAGCCUUGCUGAAUGUACAAAAAAUGAUUAUUUAAUUUACAUUUGGUAAUGCAAAGUCUUGGUUUUGAUACACAAUCUGGGCAAUUUGUUGAACAGUUGUUGUGUUACUUAUUAUUUUUGUAAUGCUAUCGAUUCCACUAAUUCAGAUUUUUUCAGUGAGAUGGAAGAAUGGGGCAUCCAUGCAUCUGAUGAAAAAUUAUGAGGCAAAUGGAAAUUUGUAAAGCACAUUCUAGCAGCAUAAAAGUGUGAAUAUUCGAUUUUCUUUGCCGAUUUAGUGACUUGUUUAUAAUUAUACCCAGAGUGCAAGAAAAAGAUUUUCUUAUUUGCAUCAUCAUUUUUUUGAUUUAUUUGUGACAUAAAGAAGACCGGAUAUUGUGCUUAUGUGUGUUAAAAGAAAAUUAAUUGCAAUCAUUACAUAUUUGUGGAUAAUCUUGAUGUUUUUGUCUUGCAAG